AUGGAGCCCGUUUCUUCUGUAGCCAGCAUUCUGACUUUGCUUGCAGCGGCUGGUUCCACGUGCGACUUUGUCUAUAAUUUCAUGCUGAACAUUCGAGAGGUCCCGGAAGAGAUUCACUCGCAAGCUAUCAAGUUGCGAUGUUUGCAUCAGUCCAUCGCUGCACUUUUGGCUAUAUAUUCGCACAGAGCCAUCAGCCCUGAUUUGCAGCUGGGACACAUCUUCGAAAACAGUUUUCGCGAAUUUCUUUUAGAGGUGAAGGAUUUGGAGAACAGGAUACAGAAGAGCAGCACACUGGUGAAAAGCAGCCGUACCCAGCGUGUGUGGGAACGGCUGACAUGGCUUUCGUCAGAUCGACAACUUCGCAAGUUCUACAACUCGCUAGAUGAUUGGGUCCGCAUCUUCUCUAUGGAAGUGCAGACAACCCAAAUGUCAGUAACUGCCCUUAUACCCAUGGAGAAAGUUUCUGAUCGUUUCAGGAAGUUGCAGAUCAAUGUUCUGGAAAUCAGCAUACAGAACGCUGUCUCGCCACCUACUCCAUACCCGCAGCAACAGCUUUUACCUAUUACACAGAGACCCGUCGACAACAUCAGGAUGAACAUCGAUACUCAACCUAACACAGCCGUAAACAGCAGUAACGUCUCUAUCAAUGGCAGGGCAGCACUCUCCAAGAGUCUGAUUGCUCAUCUGAGUCAACUAUCAGAACCCAUCGGUCUUCGGAUCCGAUCUUGGGUCAUGCUCAAUCUCAAGCUCUGCUCAGCAGACAUCCGCAUUGGACCUGCUGUAAUCAGAACUUGGUCUGGCCAAGGCAAAGCGGUCCUUGAAAGCGCUUCUUGGCGCAAGGGCUUUUAUGCGGUCUCCACGAUCCAGACGAAGCAUCUUGGUAAGAGGCGGGUCUGCUUCACAUUCUCGUGCUUUUUCAAAGGAUCUGCUCUUUGUCUAAACUCCAAGAUCGACAUGCAUGGGAUGCUAUGGCCGACGCAUCCAGCGUAUAUAGCGUGCGAGCAAGGAAACUGGAAUGCGCUUCGUAAGUUACUCGAAUUCAAGCGCGUGAGCCUGCGGGAUACAUCAGGACUUGGCGAUACGCUCCUACAUAUUGCUGCGCGGUGUAAUCAUGUCGAAGUCUUGGAAGGACUUCUGGCUGAAGGUAGCGCAGUGGACGCAGAAAACGAUUUUGGCGAGUAA